AUCCAUGCUUAAAGGAGCCAGGAACCUCAUUUUCUGGCAUGUGUGGAUGGCAGCAGCGCAUUAAAUACAAGAUGGCCAAUUUCAGAUCCAAAAUGAGAAAACGCAAAGUACCAUGUCCUGAGCUUAACAUCAACUCAUUGGGAGGAAAAUCGCAUGACGACAGAAACCCUGCAGAGAACUGCAAGAAGCCAAAGAGAGCAGAGGUGAACUACCUCCCUCCACAUCCAAGUGGAGAAACCAGUGACAGUCUGGAGAUCCUCAGACAGGAACUUCUUAAUGACGUUAAGAUGAAGAGCAAUACAAAAGUGAUACAAAAAAAGAUGGCCAGAACAUUCUCCUAUCGAAGACUCGAAGUUGUGAGUGGUAGUCCAACUGCAAAUGAUUUGAAAGACAGAUGGCCUGCUUUGUUUUAUGAAGCUGAGAUCAAAGAGGAGUUCUGCAGAAUCACCACAAUUUCCCUGGAGCAGACCUUCAUGUUGAAACUGGACCAGUACACUCCAAAAAUCAUUGGCCUUAUAGAAGCAAACUUAGGCCAUUUCUGCACAAGCUUAGUCAGACCACACACAUGCAUCCAUACACACGCCACUAUCACACACACAAACACGUUUACUGCACUCAUCCACUUACAGAUAACACGAACCAUCCUGCUACCCAACUAAAAUAAAGAAAUUCAAGGAACUGUCUUCUCUGUGCCCUUCUCUCUGACCGGAGCUCUGUCGAAAGGGAGUUAUCAACCCAGCACACAUCCACAUCAGAGCGUCCUACUCUAUCACAGUAUGCUCUAGUAGUUUAACUUGGAACAAGUGAUGGGACAGUGUUGACAUAGUAAUCUUUUUUUCAGAACCAGAGCAUUGAA